UCUCCUGCGGGGGGCGGUAUCGAUCCUCCUCCCCCUCCCUACCUACCCAGACCAUAAAGGAGCUGCUGAAAACAGGCAAACUUGCCUCCAAUUGUCCGAGCCUCACGUCACGGAAAGAGUUUCAGCGCUUUGAGGAACACACUCAAAGGAUAACCUUAAAAAAGCGGACCUUGAUGAAUGUUGAUAAUCUCUAAAAGCGGAGUGUUUUCUUCCUUCUUCACAACUUUGCGGGGCUUCACUGGAGAUGCGCAGGAACCUGUUUACAAGGAAAACGCAGCAAGUUUGUGUCUGAGGGAAUGCGGUGCGGGCUGAAAAUGCACAAGGAUACCAUUACUCAUCCGUCUGUUUUUGUCCGCGCCGGACCACUUUGUCCUGGAAAUAUGUUUGUCUCCGARGGCUUUUAGGAUCCUGGGUGAAGCUCAAGAGUGAUAAAUGAACAUCACGUUAAGAAAGCGCAGCUUAGAGSGGAUUCUACCGAUCGACAGAGCUGUUGGAGGAGGACUCGGAUGAAAACAGUUUUGGUUUUAAUCAUAUUGUUUUUAUGUUGACGCAGACACAUAUUGCUUGCAUAUUGUGGAGUUAUAGCUUAAAAGUGAGCUACAACGCAGUAACAGCAGUGUCCUAAAUGGGCUGAUGAUGUUUAAUGUGAUAUAGACUUAAAAACAAAAUAGACGUUGUUUGAAACUAGGCUUUAGAAGAUUAUUUUAACUUAAGUCAUACUCUGCAGUAUUACAGUAGGCUGUAGUCAUAUGUUUCCAUGCAGUAUAAAGUAGACGGUGCCAAUCAAGGCAUUAUGUGCAUGUAGAGGUUAAAGGUUUGGGAGCCACUUGUGUUUCAACAUGUCAGUAAAAGGUGUUGCCAUUUACACUUUUCUAAGUGAAAACAAAGAGGAGAUUAGCAUCCAGGAGAAUGAGGAAGUGGUUAUCUUUGACGAGAACUCAGUGGAUGGUUGGGUCUUGGGGGAAAACAGCCGAGGGGAGCGGGGUCUUUUCCCUAAAUCUUAUGUGAACAUCAUUCGCACUCGCUCCGACUCCAACGUGACUGACUGCUCCAUAAGUCCGGCAGGCUCUUUAGGAAAUGACUCCCCCCAUCUACCAUCUACACCAAACACAUCCAUUAAUUCGGGACAGAUUUAUGACGAAGACUACUACGACGACUGGGAUGACUGGGACGACAGAUCCACAGUGGUGGAUGAUGCUGAUCACACUAACACUAGCACUACUGGAGCUAAUGGACAUAUCUUUCAGGCCCCACCGUCGAAUAAUCCCAACGUGCAUUACCGGAGCAAAUCAGUCUCUGGACAAGACAGCAUGGCCAGCGCCAGGAAGGGAAGCAUGGUGGGCAGAAACUUGAACAGAUUUUCCAGCUUUGUCCGCUCAGGGGUGGAGGCGUUUGUGCUUGGUGAUGUCCCCAUGAUGGCAAAGAUUGCAGAGUCGUAUACCAUUGAGAUGAGCUCACUGGGACCUCAAUGGAAGGCAAAUCCAACGCCAUUCAUCUGCUCCAUUGAAGACCCAACCAAACAGACAAAGUUCAAGGGUAUCAAGACCUACAUAUCGUACCGAGUGACGCCGAGCCACAUAGGCCGGCCGGUUUACAGACGAUACAAACACUUUGACUGGUUGUAUAACCGUUUGUUGCACAAGUUCACUGUGAUCUCUGUGCCUCACCUCCCUGAGAAGCAGGCUACUGGACGGUUYGAGGAAGACUUYAUUGAGAAGCGUAAGAGGCGACUGAUACUGUGGAUGAACCACAUGACCAGCCACCCGGUCCUCUCGCAGUAUGAAGGCUUUGAGCACUUUCUGAUGUGUGCUGAUGAUAAGCAGUGGAAACUGGGUAAGCGGCGGGCAGAGAAGGACGAGAUGGUGGGAGCCCAUUUCAUGCUGACCCUUCAGAUCCCCAACGAGCACCAGGACCUUCAGGAUGUCGAGGAGAGGGUCGACAACUUCAAGACCUUCGCCAAGAAAAUGGAUGACAGUGUGAUGCAGCUCACGCACGUUGCCUCAGAGCUCGUGCGUAAGCACCUGGGCGGGUUCAGGAAGGAGUUCCAGCGACUUGGGAAUGCCUUCCAGUCUAUUAGCCAGGCUUUCACACUGGACCCACCCUACAAGUCAGAUGCCCUCAACAACGCCAUCUCCCACACUGGCCGCACCUAUGAAAACAUUGGGGAGAUGUUUGCAGAGCAACCUAAGUAUGACCUCUUCCAGAUGUUGGAUAAGCUCUCGCUCUAUCAAGGCCUGCUCGGCAACUUCCCGGACAUCAUUCAUCUACAGAAAGGCGCCUUCGCCAAGGUGAAGGAGAGCCAGCGGAUGAGCGACGAGGGGAAGAUGAACCAGGACGAAGCGGACGGGAUCAGGAAACGCUGCCGGACUGUGGGCUUUGCCCUCCAAGCAGAAAUGAGCCACUUCCAUCAGCAGCGAGAGGUGGACUUCAAAGACAUGAUGCAAGCCUACCUCAGGGAGCAGAUAGCCUUUUACCAGCGUGUUGUCCAGCAACUGGAGCGUACCCUGCGCAUGUACGACGGCCUUUGAACACUCCAGACUCACUCCACAUGCCAAAACUUCAAGAAGCAAAAAAUGAAUUUUGACUCUUUUUUUAAAUAUAUAUAUAUAUCAGGGUGCUUGGUGUAGACAGGAAAGAAGAUCCAGUAGUUACUGAAGCGAUGCACAAAGCCAGUCAUUAAUUCACAAAGAAACGUUUUGAAAAAGACUUACUGUAUCUUUUAUAUCUAAAGGACACUUCAAAUAGGCAAAGUCAGUAUAUUUUAUAUAAUUUAAGUUGUUUAUGACAAUGAAAAUUAAAAUUACAGGUUAGACAUCAUACACAUUCAAUGUAGGGAUACAUAAAUGAAGCCAUAAAGUGGGUCCUGUGCUUUCUUCUUCUUCUUUUUCUUCUUCUCUUAAAGGGAUCCAUGAAUAGUUGUAUCAAUAAACUUUUACCGUGUUUCCCCGAUAGUAAGACACCCCCGAUUGUAAGACGUAUUUGGAGUUUCAGGGGGGUCGGCUAAUAUAAG